AUGGAUGCGAUAAAGCUAAGCGCGGUGGAGUUAGGGGCACAAACAUGGGGGUUAGGUGGCGGUAAGAGAGGAGCAGUAGCGGCAAUUGUGGCCUGGGUAAGUGAGGGUGAUGGCUCCAAGAUAGGGGCAGAUGCAGAGGAUGAUGAUGUGACUGGUGGUGGCAGCGAAGAGGAAACAACUGGUGCGACAUACAUGGUGGGUAAGUGGAAGGGGACAUGGGUAAUUGGAGGAAGAGAGGAGACCCAAGUGUGA